ACACGCACAAAUCCGUCGCCUCUCCCUUCCUUAUUCUCACCGCCCCACCUCUCUCUCUCUCUCCCUUCGGCUCGUUCUCGCUUUCUCCCUCGCUAGGGUUUCCUCUUCCGCCUCCCUAACUCCGAAUUUUCUGCAUCGGCUCGUAAUCCAAUCCUCGCGCUUGCCUCGUCUCCUCUCUUCGCGGCGAUUUUGCUUUUGCGGGAAGGUGAAAGGUUGUUUCUUCUAAAGGGAGAUAGAUAAAUGGCGAUUUUGAAGAAUGCCUCUAGGGUUUUGAGGACGGGCGGUGGUUCCCCGCCCCAGAGUGCGUCGAGCCAGGAGGAAUACGGAGAGCUUUCUGCAGGGAUCGGCAAGUCGGAGUCGUACGCUUCGGAGGCUUCUUAUGUGGACUCCGGCAUGGAGACGGACGAGUGUGAUCGGUUAGAACUCGGCGAUCCCGGAGCUCAAUUGUGCCAAGUGGGGAACCAGAGCUUUUUCAUCCCGCUUGAGCUCUUUGAUCUCCCCGACCUGGGUUCCAUCUUGUCAUUGGAGACGUGGAAUGAGUAUCUCACGGAGGAGGAGCGCUUUGCCCUGUCUGGGUACCUUCCAGACAUGGACCAGGAGACCUUUGGGAUUACCCUCAAGGAGCUGUUUUCUGGGGAAAAUUUUCACUUUGGUAGCCCGCCCAUUACUCUUUUCAGUCAGUUGAAAGGUGGGUUAUGUGACCCAAAUAUCAUUCUUUAUCGCCGUGGAUUGGUUUCCUUGCAAUGGCGUGAUCACUACCAUUGCCUGCACAGCUAUCAAAAUUCUAUGGUGAGGAGUCUUGUCAGCCUGAAGGAUGCAUUUCAAAGUUGUGCUGGUUAUUCUAUUCAAGAAAGAAUUCAGUUUCUGAAUACAGUGAAGAGACAGAGGCCUCUUGAGAGGAAUGAGGAUGCUAGUUUUGAAACAAAUUCAGAGGAAGUAAAUAUGGAUCGCCUCUACUCAAGUUACAGCUCUAAGGCCUCUCGUCAAUUUCUGAAGCCUUCAACUGACAUUAAGCUUCGCGAUAUUGGCAUGGGCAGGGAGCCUGUGAUAUUUGGUAAAGGGAAAACAAAAGGAGUUUUGAAGGUUACUACUUCUAAGUUUCCAGCACAGGAAAGUGCAUCUUCUGCACAUUCUUCAUCUUUGAAGUAUGGAAUGUCCUCAAAAUAUAAAGCGAAAAUUCCACAGUUGCCUGUCACUGCGAAGGAUAAAUAUACAGGGUUUCAUCUGGAAUCUCCUCCAAAAACUAUGCAUUAUACUGGUGAAGAUCAAGAUGACAUGGAGGAAGAGUAUGUGAUUCCACCAAAAGACUGGAAAUCUGGACACAGAAGCAUUGCAACUAGUAGUUUAUUUAGAAUAGGAAAGAAUGAGAAAUCAGCGAAAAGACAUGAUGUGAACAUAUAUAGUGAUGAAGAGCCUGCAGACUACAGUAGUUUCAGCCAUUCUUGGAGGAAAAAUGGAAAUGCACAUCAUAUGGUAACUAUUGCUUCUUAUGGUGAUGAAUCUCCUGAAAAGGCAAACAAGGCUAGAAAUUUUGAGAGAGAAUUGUUGCCUUCUACCACAGGUGAAACUCAAAACCUUAUGAUGAGUCGUCUCAUGAGGCAAAAUAAGUUCCAUGAGGAUUCAAUUUUACCAGAUCAUUUCCUGAAACUGGAUGGUUUGAACCACAGAGCUACUAAAUGGAAUAUCAAGCAUGAAUAUGGAACUGGAGACGAUGGAGUUGAUUAUAAUUUGAAAUCCAAAUCUUUCAGAACUUUUCCAACACAGACCAAUGAUGUUUAUCUCCACAAUGAUCAUAGAAUCAGAAACUCACAUAGGAAGAUGAAAAAUAAUUUGAAUGAAGUUGAGGAUAUGAGCAUGAACUACUCGAGAAUCACUACUAUGGCUGCUCAGAGUGAGGAGACAGAAUCUGAAACAUCUGACCAGGUCGGGAAUGGUGGGAGUACCAAUCCUAUGAUCAGAAAUUUGAGGUUUCGAGGUGCUGACACUGAACCUCGUCAUUCUUCUAUUGUUAAAUCAACCUAUGACUAUGAAAAGCAUGAUGAACUCAUUGAUGAAGAUAGAAAAUGUCCUUCCACCUUUCCUGAUGUUGAUAGGCAUGUUUAUACACCAGAUAUUGAUUCAUAUUCUGUGAAAAUAAAAUGUUCAAAAUCGGUGAAGAAGGGCAUAAGGCAAGACACAAGUGAGAAGUUGAAAGAUGCUGAGAAGAAGCGCACAAGGAUGGUCAACAUGGAUCAUUCUUCACAGCAAUCAUUUUAUGCCGUUGAUUACAGAGGUGGGAUGAUGGAUGAACAUUUGGAUAACUUGGAUGAAAUUUCAAAGUUACAAGGCAGUAAUAGCAAAGCUAAUAGAUUAGGGAAUACGGCCAAAUUCUCUGAUUCUCAGUCCAUGAAUGCUAAUUCUGAAACAUCAGGGCUUCCCCUAAAAGGUUGUAAUUCUGCAUCAAAGAAACCUAAAUGGAAGGUUAAUAAUGGUCAUUACCCAGAUGAGCCAGAUGAUUCCCUUUAUUUGAAAAAACCCAGUGCAAAGCAGCAGAAGGGUAAAAGGAAAGUAGUCGCAGAAACUGACACAUUGACUGCAGUAAGUUCUGAUCUGGGUACAUCUAAAAAGGAUGCAGAAGAUGUAGAACCUAAGCCAAAAUUACAGAAGAAGCCAUUCACUCUUAUCACACCAAGUAUUCACACUGGUUUCUCAUUUUCCAUAGUCCAUCUACUUUCAGCUGUUCGAAAGGCAAUGAUUACUCAUCAGAUGGAUGAUUCCACAUUUAAUGAUGCUCAUCUUCAGAACAGAAACUGCAGCACAAUACAAAUUACAAAAGAGCUGAAUGAGAUGGGCCUAAUAGAAAAUAACAAGCACCUUGCUCAUUCUGUCGAGACUAUGGUUAACCAAGCCAGUUUUCCUUCUCUUGCUUUUCAAGAGAUUGUUGAGCGAGUAAGAUCAAACCCUGGAGAUCCAUGCAUCCUUGAAACACGGGAACCACUUCAAGAUUUAGUCCGAGGAGCUUUAAAGAUAUUUUCAUCUAAGACAGCACCUUUAGGAGUCAAGGGUUGGAAGCCCCUAAUAUUACAUGACAAGUUAAAUAAAAGUUGGUUAUGGACAGGCCCCAUUUCUUCUGGUUUGCCGGACAAUGAAAAUGCAGAAGAGGAAAUUUCUUCAGAAGCAUGGGGAAUUCCUUACAAGAUGCUUGUAAAGUUGGUUGAUGCUUUUGCUAAUUGGCUCAAGAGUAGCCAGGAGACCCUCCAGCAGAUUGGGAGCCUCCCUCCUCCUCCUACUUCAUUGCUUUCUAACUUGGAUGAGAAGGAGAGGUUCAAAGAUCUGAGAGCUCAAAAGAGUCUAAACACUAUUGGUUCAAGUUCAACUGAGGUAAGAGCAUACUUCCGCAGAGAGGAAUUUUUAAGGUACUCAGUUCCAGAUCGGGCCUUUUCCUACACAGCUGCUGAUGGUAGAAAAUCAAUUGUUGCUCCAUUGAAGAGAGGGGGUGGAAAGCCAACAUCAAAGGCACGGGAUCAUUUCAUGCUUAAACCUGAUCGACCACCUCAUGUUACUAUUCUUUGUCUUGUUCGAGAUGCAGCUGCCAGGUUGCCUGGUAGUAUUGGAACUAGGGCAGAUGUUUGUACCCUGCUAAGGGACUCACAAUAUGUUGUUGAAAAUGUUUCUGAUACACAAGUGACUCAAAUAGUGAGUGGGGCUCUAGAUCGGUUGCAUUAUGAGCGCGAUCCUUGUGUACAAUUUGAUAGCGAAAGAAAAUUGUGGGUUUAUCUUCAUAGAGAGAGGGAAGAGGAAGAUUUUGAGGAUGAUGGAACCUCAUCAACUAAGAAGUGGAAAAGGCAGAGGAAAGAUCUUGAAAUUGGUAAUGAUGUUGACACUGGUUCCUUGGCUGUUUGUGACUUUUCCACUGGCCUGGACCAUGAUCACAACCUAAAUGUUGGAACAACAUCUUUUGGAUCAGGAGAAAUAGCUGAGCAUCUUAAUGAAGAUAUGGGAGUAAAUGUAGAGAACUUUCAUUCUCUUAUGGACACAAACAUUGUUAGUGAGGGCAAUAGUAAUUGGAAUUCUCUGGGAUUGAAUCUAUUAAAUGAAAACAGGUUGGUAUGUCAAAAGAACUCCACUGACGAGGAUUACAAUGAUGAGACAUUUUGUCAAGAGAGGCCAGUUCAGUUGCAUUAUGAUCACAUUAUGAAUAAAGGAUUAUACUAGAUACAAGCUUGUUUAUGUUGCAGAGUUACUCAGGCAGGUCCGACCGUACGAGAUGUGACACAUCACAUACGGCCCUGUUAUUGAGGCAUGUUUUGCUUGCAGCAUGAAAAGAGCCAAUCGAAUUUCACACUGAGUCUCAUGUUCAAGCUCAAGGUGUGUUGGUGUACAUAUAUUUCUUUUUUCCUUCAUUUGUGACGUGUUAGCCAAAAUGGCUAACGCUUUAGUUAGGAGUCAUAACAACUUUUCCUGUGUUAAUAAACAUGGAGUGUACAGAUGAGGUAUUUAUCCGUUACUGACCCAUUCCAUUCUUUUUCA